GAAAAGUAUUGCUACACGUGAGGAAGGCAAGAUGGCAGACAAGUUCACCGAGUUUGCUGGACGCAUGGGAAAAGCUCCGAAAGGAGUUGGAACUGGCUUAAAAUUUCUAGUCGCAGCCGCAGCAGCUGCAUAUGGAAUCAAGGAGUCUGUUUACACAGGUAUAGUUUUAAUGCAGUCUUAAUGACUCGCGAGAGGCAAGAUCACUUUUUAGCACACGAUAUGGUAUUCCUUUCCACGAAUACACGAUCAAGCUUUCUAAUUCACGAUUGUAUUCGUUACUGUCCUGUCGUGAAUUGAGUCUAAUUGGCUCAAGUUGUUCUUCGCGUAGCUUUUCUGUAUAUAUUUUUUAUUCCUUUUUUAAAUCGAUCAAAUUGCUUUUAUUCCUUUUUUUCUAUACUAUGCCUGUCUUAUGUAAUUUUAAUUUGUACAUAGACAAUAAAUUGUGCAUACUUUUCUACAUCAAUUUUUUUUUUUAUCUCAUCACCAUUUUACGACUUGUAAGUGUUUCAUUUUGUCUUAAACUGACUGUGGUUAGAAUCGUUGGACUUUUUCCAUUCCGGUCAUGAAGAGUACACCAAAUUUCAACCACUCCUUCUCCCCUCCCCAUCCCCCCCCCUUCCAUUCUUACCAGACGUUGGUCCCAUUUUGUUUCCUCUGUGUCGAAAUGUUGGAAAAAAGUGGGAAGGAAGUCAAGAGAUGUCAAAUAAGUGAAAUCAAUUUGGAUUCUCCUUACUGUGUGACAAACAUUUCCUUCUAGUUAUAGGUCGACAAAAUUCAGUGUUAGAUCUGUGAAGGAGUAUUCCUAGUUAGAGAGAUGAUAGAUGUUACCUUGCUUUAUUAAUUAAUGUGGUAAUUAGUUCAACACAUGCAAAUUAUCUUUUGAACUAUCUUUUGGCAGUUGAGGGUGGUCACAGGGCCAUUAUAUUCAGCAGAAUUGGAGGAAUCCAAAAUAAUGUUUAUACUGAAGGCCUUCACUUCAGGUAGAGUUUUUUUUUUGUUAUCUAUUCUAAUUCAACAAAACUCAAAGCCCAGCCUUUUUUAAAGUUGUCAAAGUAAUCAAUUGGUCGCCAGAAAUAGAGGUUGAAUGGCCAUUGUUAAAAAAUUAUUAACAUCAUUCAGCACUGAUCACAAUGCUUGUUUUGAUAUAAGAAAUAUGUCUAGCAAUCAUGUUUGAAUGUGAAAAUAAAGGCUAGGAGAUAGCUCCAUCCUAACCUUUCAGGUGUAGUUAAUCAGUGUGGGAGGACACUAAACUUUGACAGGCCAGCUCAUGGUAACAUCAGAUGAUUUUACAAAUACAGUGUAUAUCUUGGAUGACUCAAUGGGAAAGCAGUUUGACAACAGAUUUUAACACCACCCUUCCCCUUAAGGGAACAGCAUUUAACAAAAUGUGCCGAAUAAGGCUUUCAAAAACCAACCAAUCUCAGCUUAGGUUAUGUAAAUCUAGUCAAAUCUUAUCAUAGUUGAAAUGUCAUUCACUUCAUAGGAGCUUUCAUCCUGCAACAAUGUAGAGGGCACAUUUACAUUUUUAUUGCAAUUCCUUUUUUUGCGGGGUUAGCCCAGCAGUUCUAUAUGUGUAAAGCUUGUUGGGCUGUAGUCUGAGACAGUAGAUAACAUGUGCAACUCAUCAGUGCUUUUGUUUAUCUUCGUAUUCUACAGGAUACCAUGGUUUCAGUACCCCAUCAUUUAUGACAUCAGGUCAAAACCAAGGAAGAUUAUUUCUCCAACAGGGAGCAAAGGUUCAUAGAAGUUCAUCAGUGUUUUUUUCAAUGUCCCAAUAUUAACAAAUUAUGAAUAAUGCUUGAUGAACAUACAAAUUUCAACAUUAAGUAAACCAAUAUACAUACUGAAUAUGUAUCCUUAGGAAAGAAACACUAUUAUAGAGAAAGAUGUUCUUCGUCUUGUCACAAGCGAGGGACAAAGAAAAAAUUCUGAGUUACCAAGAGGAAUCGAACCUCAGACACUCAGAUUCCGCGUUCCAACGCUCUACCACUGAGCCAUGGAGAUGCCACGGUGAGCAAGAUCUGUUAUGAAGUUCAUAUGACAUGCAUCCUGCAUACUGCCAGGAUCAGCAACGUCAAUGGCAUAAUGUUUGUCACCUCAUGGGGACUCAGAAUUUUUUUUCCUUUGUCCCUGCACGCUUGUGACAAGACAAAGAACAUCUUUCUCCAUUUCUUCACCUUGCUCAAAACUUACCAUCUCUCUUAUUUCUAUUUAAAAACACAAUCAUGUUUAUUUUGAUGUUGUGAUGUUUAUUUUUUUAUUUUUUUGAUUUGUUUGUUUGUUUAUUUGGCCAUUUUUUAAAUAAUUAUACAUCAUUAGAAACAAAAGAAACAACAUAUUCAUGAAUAUGGCUGAAAAUUUAACAUGUAGCAAAGAAACAUAUGGAGAAACCAAGAGGCUUAUGUGAGUUAUAAGCUGACCUUGUAUUGUACCAGGUUUAAGAGGAGAGAUCUCACUCUUAAUUGAAAAGAGGGCCAUGGAAAUGUUUCUGAUUUUUGCUGCUUAUUACUUGUUUUUUGGCAUUGUUUAGAUCUCCAGAUGGUUAACAUUGGCCUUCGAGUGCUUGCCCGUCCUCAAGCAACUAUGCUUCCUGACAUGUACAGAAAAUUGGGGUUGGACUUUGAUGAAAGAGUUUUACCUUCAAUCAUGAAUGAGGUGCAUAGUUCAUGUAACUAAUUGGUAUUAAAUAUCAAUUUCUUCCUGGAAAAAUAUAUGUAGCAUUUGACAUUUCCAAUUUUGCAAUUUAAGUUCACAUGUGGUGUUUGUGUAAUUAAGAUGAAAUAAAAUAAAAGAUGAUCAAAGAGGUAUUUUUAUCUAUGCACCGGAUUAUAUGGUACUGCUCAGAGGUAAAUUGACAGCUCCUCGAAACUCAAUCCUUGAUACUCCAUUCUUGAUUGUCAAUCCUGGAUUCUCAAGAAUUUCAAGGAAAGGGGAUUGAGUUGAGUUUUGAAAAGUGUAAUUAGAGUUUCAAAACACUUGAAACGAGUUUCAAGGACCUCGAAAUGAGGAAGCAAAGGAAAUUUUGUGCAAUUAACUUUUCAUGCAACUUGAAGCUUCUUACCUUUUGUCGUAUUUGCAGGAUUAAAAACCUUACAGCAUGCAUUUUAAUUUUGCUGAAGUAACAAAACUUUGUUCGAACUAGUUCUGAUGUUUUUAACAAUAACUUUGCAAAUUAUUAUCUCUGUAUACAUGAUCCUCUUCAUUGUGUUAAAUGAACACCCUUCAUCUUGCAAAAUUUUAAUUUUACGAAUGUUACUUUAAUUACCAAGUUUGACUUCAGAGCCUGACACAAAUUGAAAAAAAGUACUUGCUUCAAGAAAGCAACACCUGCAACAUUUACAUUAGCUAUUGCCUGCACCAAGUGUUGAUAUUUAACAGCAUAGAAUAGCCUCAUUGCUAAGUUCUGUGAUGUAUUACAACUUUCUUUCUAUUUUACAAUUCCCCUUUCAUCUUGAACAGUUUUCAGAGUUUUUGCUAUGUGGCUUGAAAUGAACACUAGUUGAGAAAAUGUGGUUAACAAACUUGUUUAUUGAUGCAUAAUCGUCUGCAAAACAAGACUGUGGUGUCAUGGUGACUAGCAAUCAUAAUGUGCAAAUGGUUAAAAUUUUCCUGAUAAAAUCUUUACAUUUCUGAGAAACUUUCUGUUAUAUUUCGGAAAUAAGUCUAACAGGUUGGAGUUUUUUUGCUUCUGAAUGGAUAAUUUUGUUACAGCCGCAAAACUAAAGCCUUGAUUCUUGAUCCUCAAAUUCCAGGCAGUUUUGAGUAUUAAGGAUUGAGUUUCAAGUCGAGACUGUCGACUUACUUUUAAGCAGUAGGCAUAGCACUCUUAAGGAUUAUCCAAAAGAUUGAGCGAGAUAUAAAAUAAUGUGGACAUAUUCAUUUGAAAGGAUUGAGUUGCAAAGACUGGAAUCAGUAAAUUUUUGGAAGCACAAUCUAUUAUUUAUAUUAUUAAUUAAAAAUUAAUGUUAUUUUUUACCUAAUAUUGGUGUUUGUUUCUUUUAUUAUGUAGGUUUUGAAGAGUGUUGUGGCUCAGUUUAAUGCUUCACAACUUAUCACAAUGCGCCAAGAGGUCUGUUACAUCAUUACAUUUUUUAUAUCUCAGAAGUUAGGUUAUGACAAUUUUUAUCUCGAGAACAGUAUUAACUUGUGUUAUGUUCCAACUUGCAAUUCCAAUGCUACAUGUAUCUGAGAAACAUUAAUUAAAAUAUCUUUGGAAAUAAGUGACAAAAAAGUCCAGAGGCCAGUUUGGAUAUGCACAGAGAUAUUUAAAUGAUUGUCUGCUUGAAUUCAAAGCCUCAAGCUUUCCAUGAAGCAUCUUUGCAUGUGCAUGUAGUAGUUGUGGCAUACUACUAUACACCACUUAUUGGUGACGAAGGAAACGUGAAGGGUUGUAAAAUUAGUAUGAGUGAAAAGAAUACAUGUAUGUACAUGUUCCUUCUUGUUGCUUCUUUUUCUCAUAUAGGUCAGUCUGUUAAUCAGAAGGCAGUUGACAGAUCGUGCUAAGGAUUUCUUCAUUAUUUUGGAUGAUGUGUCUAUUGUAAGUCUAUUGUAUCUCCCCUAUACUGUGUUCGCAAACAUCAUAAGUGUGUGUGUACUUGUAUUUCUGCAAACCAUUGACAUUUUCUGCAGGACAGUGGCACCAUGCCAUGUUUUUUUAAAUUUAAGACUGUGGUUUAUAAAUAUGUCUUUCUUGGAAGGCUUAUGCUCUCCUUUAAAUUCUCCAGACUGACUUGAGUUUUGGCCGAGAGUACACAGCAGCUAUUGAAGCGAAACAAGUCGGUGAGUACUAAAAAGAAUUCAGAGGUUAUGUUACACUGGAUUGUUAAAAAAAUGGAUGACUUGUACACACUCUUCCUUGGAUAUUAAAUCUUGAAAUUUGUUUUGUAUGUUCUUUAACUGGCAUUAAAUGUACAGUAGAGUUUUGUCGUUAUUAUUUUAUUUCAUUUUUUCUACAGCUCAGCAGGAAGCACAGCGAGCUCAUUACCAGGUGGAAAAGGCAAUACAGGAACGACAGCAAAAAAUUGUACAGGCUGAAGGAGAGGCUAAGGCAGCCACUCUGAUAUCCUUUGAUGUAGAUUCUACAUGUAGCCAAAAUACAUCUAGGAGUUCUGGUCCCAUUUCAUGA